GUGGCCCAGUGGCGGUAGAUUCUACGAAGCAAAUCAGGUCAUAGAUCGACGAUCUCUGUUCGACGGAGCCUGACGGACUUGCGUUACCGAAGGAUAAUUUUAGUGGAGGGUUUGGCCGCAGGAAUUGCGAAGCAAUAAGUGACAUUCAUUAUGCCCAAAAAUAAGGGAAAGGGAGGAAAGAACAGGAAGAGGGGAAAGAAUGAGAACGAGUCCGAGAAACGUGAAUUGGUGUUCAAAGAGGACGGACAAGAGUAUGCCACUGUAACGAAGAUGCUGGGAAAUGGUUGGGUGGAGGCUCAAUGUUGUGAUGGGGAGAAGCGAUUGGCCCACAUUCGUGGAGCUUUCAGGAAGAAGGUUUGGAUUACACAGGGUGACUUGGUACUACUAGGUCUGCGAGACUAUCAGGACUCCAAGGCCGACGUUAUUUUGAAAUACACCCCAGAUGAAGCCCGAAUGUUGAAAUCAUAUGGAGAACUACCCGACAACAUCAAAAUCAACGACACACAGAUCAUGGAGGACUCAGACGAGGAGGUCAACGUCGAGUUCGAUAUCGACGAGAUCUAAAAGGGGGCGGCGGCUGCGUGUGUAUCUGCAUCGCAAGACCACAUCGCUGUGUAGCGAUCGCUCAGAGGAGUCAACCAGUGUCCUGAUAUCAGGGGGAUUGGUGUCCCUCUUGUCUAUACCGACUCAUCGACUUCUAUUGCUGAUAACCGAGGAGGCAACUGAAGGGAUGGCGUCCCCAUGUAUUCAUAACCACAAUACAUUUCUCCCGCUCUGUGCAAUACUCUCCAA